CCCACUUUCCAUGUUCACUGCCAAGGAACACGAAUAACAAGCCACCGCGUAGUCUGGGCAUCAAAAGUGCUCACCCAUCAGUCUCCCUUUUGAUGUUGGGCUUCAGCUGGAGUGUUCUUGACUUUCCCCUGAGUGAUCCACCCUCUAAGCCGGUUGACCCACUCUCGCAGUAACUCAUUGAUAUAUCAUCAUUGUUCCUCGAGGCCUCUCGUCUCUCAUCGUCGAGUAACGCUUCACUCUCCUCUGCAUUGCUCUUUUGCAUAUUCAAAAAUCCUUAUUCAAAAUGGCAGGAAUCGUAGACAAGUUGACCGCCUCGGGAGGCACUGAAUCAGCAGGAUUCCUCAACGAUAUCAUCGAGCAGCUAUGGCCAAACAUCAAUGUUGCCGGGUGUAGGAUGGUGAAGGAGAUCGUCGAGCCCAUGUUCGCUACGAUGCUUCCUGGACCCCUCGCUAGUCUCAAGUUCGUCAAGCUAGACCUCGGAAAUGUCCCCAUGCGGGUAUCAGAAGUGGACGUCCAUAAGGUCGACAACGGCGGCAUCAAGCUUGACAUGGAUGUGAUCUGGGAGGGAAAGAGCGAUAUCGAGCUCGACGGCAAGAUGGUGCCCAAGCUGGGCAUUGAACAUGUUCAUCUGAAAGGCAGGCUUUCGAUCUUGCUCGCACCCCUAACAAAUGUCAUCCCUUUGAUUGGAGCUGCGCAAGUCGCUUUCAUCAACCCGCCAGAACUCAAGCUUGACUUCACCAAUGCUGCAAAUAUUGCAGACUGGGCUUUGGUUGACAAGGCCGUGCGCAAGGUCAUUCUGGACAUCAUCGCCUCAAUGGCUGUGCUCCCCAACCGUUAUCUUGUGAAGCUCGACAGUAACAACGACUACUUCAGAACAUACCUGCCUCACUUGGGUGCCCUUCGCCUCACCAUUGAGAGGGCAAUUGGCAUCAGCGGCCCAAAGAAGAGCGGUGCCAAGAGGCUUUUGGCGAAGAUUGUUAAGGAUGUUCCCGACUGCUACGCCAAGGUGAACGUCGGUGCCGAGGAGGAGUGGCGCACCUCUGUCAAGAAGAAUGAUCACGACCCAGAGUGGAACGAGACUCACGACUUCCUCGUCGCAGACUACGAUCAGCGCAUCUUUAUUGAUGUCCAAGACGAUGACCUUGGUGGCGAUGACGAUAUCGGUAUCGCGACUACUACCGUCAAGGACAUUUUGCUCAAUGGCGGCUCCCAAGAGUUGGCUCUUGCCCACAAGGAUGAGCCUACUGAUGCUAAGAUCGUUGUCCACGCAAAGUUCUACAACUUUGUGGACAACGCUGAAGUCAUCACAACUACUCAAAGUGAGAACGAGCACCAAAUCGUCGGUCUCGCCACGGUCCUCAUCGCCAGCGCCCUCGGUUUGCAGGGCCAGCGUGAUGAGCUGAACCCCAGUAUCAAGGUGACGUGGGGCGCAAAGGAGUUCCGCACUGCAGCCAAGACCUACAGCCCGGGAACGGAUAUCUUCAACCCAUCUUUUGAUCAGGCUUUCAGGAUCCCUGUGACGGCAGAUCUGCUCGCCAACCCCGCCAACUUCAAGAUUUCUCUGCUCAACAAGGCGGACGAGACUGGUGCUGUUGAGAUCCCCUUCCAGGAUAUUCUUCAGGCGCCUGGCUUGGUCAAGGAGGAGAGCUUCGAUGUUGGAUCUGGUGCGACUGUGAGAGCCAGUAUCUCUCUUCGCGGCUUACAGGUUGCGCACUGAUUAGCUCAUGAUUUGACGACAUGUUCAUGUAUAACUCCACGAUAAUACACGAUUGACAGAUAUUGAUCAGGUUGACACGUAUCUUGUGAUGAGG